AUGAGUCUUUAUACACCUAAAGACGGAGUAGCAGUUGCAUGCACUGUCAUACAAUGCCCACCCAAAAGUUCAACAGGAGGAGCCAGUGACAGUGGUGGCAGCAACACCGACACCGAAAACGGGCAACCACCUACCACCACUCCCACUCCACCUAAGGUUCCCGAGGAAAACGAAGACGGAGAUGAUGAGGGCGCUCCUUCUGAUACUGUUGCUGGUGGUGCUGGUGCUGGUGGUGAUGGUGGUGUCCAAGGUGGUGAUGGCAAAACCAAAGAGGGCAAAGAGUUGAAGAAAGCAAAUGUCGAGGAGAGUCCACCACCAGUAACAGCAUCAGCAGUAACAGCAGGAGUAGGAGGAGUACCACCAGCACCUGCAACAGCAGCAGCAGCGGCGGAAGCAGGAGUUAGGGGUGGCAUGACACUUCGUCGAUUAGAUGAUAGUGCAGGAGGAGAAGAGUCUUUUAAUGCUCUUGUUUGUCUAUUCAAACCUGAAACACUCACUGAAGGAGCUGUCCCUUUCCAGUAA